AUGCAAACAGUGAAUGACAAACUUAGAUCAAUAGACGUGGUUGAUGCUAAGAUAAAUAACAUCACAGAAGAAAUGCAAACAGUGAAUGACAGACUUAGAGCAAUAGACGUGGUUGAUGCUAAGAUAAAUAACAUCACAGAAGAAAUGCAAACAGUGAAUGACAGACUUAGAGCAAUAGACGUAAAGCUCAACGAGUCCAUCACAAGCAACAACCACACAAACCGCAUGAUAGAAGCUUUAAACACAACUGUACAAGAGAUGAAAAACAACUACAACAUGAAUUAUGUAUUGUUAUGGACGACACUUCAGUGUAAAAAGAACGACAAAACUGAUGUACCAGAACGGAAGACCGUCAGACUUGGCCUAGACAAAUUGGCUUUGUGCGACACAAAAACUGACGGUGGAGGUUGGAUCAUUUUUCAGAGACGUGUUUUGGGUGACGUGAAUUUUACGAGAGAUUGGAACGCCUAUAAACAUGGAUUUGGUUCAAUGAUUGGAGAUUUCUGGCUUGGGAAUGACUGGAUAUCUAACCUGACUUCAAUGGGAUACAAUGAACUGAGAAUCGACAUGACUCAAAAAGGUAAAAAGUACUACGCCCAUUUUGGUUAUUUCAAGGUAGAAAAUGAAGCAGUGUCGUAUAAAAUAAACGUGACGUCAUUUAGUGGAAACGUUAUAGACAGACUAAGCUAUCAUCAUGGUAUGAAGUUUUCUACCAUCGACAGGGACAAUGAUUUAUACAACGGAGAUUGUGCUGGAGUUUGUAAAGGUGGUUGGUGGUAUAAAGAAUGUAACUAUGUAGGUUUAAAUGGUGUCUGGGGUACAAAUGACACUGAAACAGGACUAUACUGGUAUCAGCUAUCAAGUGAUGGUUCUAUUGCAGACUCAGUUGAGAUGAAAGUACGUCAAGUGUAA